AUGUUUGCUAAGAGUGUAGCCCGUAGAGCUUUGCAAUUGCAACCAACUUUGUUGGCUAAGAGAACUAAGGUUUCUUUACCAGAAUUGGACUGGGAUUUCGGUGCCUUGGAACCACACAUUUCAGGUCAAAUCAAUGAAUUGCAUUACACUAAGCACCAUCAAACCUACGUCAAUGGGUUUAACGCAGCUGUUGAGCAAUUCGAUGAAUUGAAGAGCAAGUUGGAUAACGAUCCAGCUGUUGCCAAGCAAAUUGUUGCCGUUCAACAGAACCUUAAGUUCCACGGUGGUGGUUACGUCAACCAUUGUUUGUUCUGGAAGAACUUGGCACCAACUUCUCAAGGUGGUGGUGAAGCACCAACCGGUGCCUUGGCCAAGCAAAUUGAGACUCAAUUCGGCUCUCUAGACAACUUGAUCUCAUUGACUAAUGCUAAAUUGGCUGGUGUUCAAGGUUCGGGCUGGGCUUUCAUCGUGAAGAACGUGGAAAAUGGUAACCAAUUGGAAGUCGUCCAAACAUACAACCAAGAUACCGUUACCGGUCCAUUGAAGCCUUUGGUCGCUAUUGACUCUUGGGAACAUGCUUACUACUUACAAUACCAAAACCAAAAGGCUAACUACUUCAAAGCUAUCUGGAACGUUAUCAACUGGAAGGAAGCUGCUAAGAGAUUUGAAGCUGCUGCUUAA